GGGCGGUGGCCACGCCUGGAGGCCUGCGUGGACCGCGGGGACGCUGAGCUGCAACUCUCGGUCCUCCUGGCUGCGGCAGCACCGGGCGGGAGGAGGCGGGCGCCAGGUUCCCACAGGAUCGAUUCACCGCCAGGCCGCCAGGUUUUGGCGGGGCAGCCAUGGCGUCCCAGCCGAGUUCUUCUUCCAAGAAGAAGGAGGAGAAAGGCAAGAACAUUCAAGUGGUGGUGAGAUGCAGACCAUUUAAUUUGGCAGAGCGGAAAGCUAACGCCCACUCGGUAGUAGAAUGUGAUCAUGCUCGGAAAGAAGUUAGUGUACGAACUGCAGGACUGACUGAUAAGACCUCAAAGAAAACAUACACUUUUGAUAUGGUGUUUGGAGCAUCUACGAAACAAAUUGAUGUUUACCGAAGCGUUGUUUGCCCAAUUCUAGAUGAAGUUAUUAUGGGUUAUAAUUGCACCAUCUUUGCAUAUGGCCAGACUGGCACUGGAAAAACUUUUACAAUGGAAGGUGAAAGGUCACCUAAUGAAGCAUAUACCUGGGAGGAGGAUCCUUUGGCUGGUAUAAUUCCACGUACUCUUCAUCAAAUUUUUGAGAAACUUACUGAUAAUGGCACUGAAUUUUCAGUCAAAGUAUCCCUAUUGGAAAUCUAUAACGAGGAGCUUUUUGAUCUACUUAGUUCGUCUACUGAUGUUUCUGAAAGGCUGCAGAUGUUUGAUGAUCCCCGGAACAAGAGAGGAGUGAUAAUCAAAGGCUUAGAGGAAAUUACAGUACACAACAAAGAUGAGGUCUACCAAAUUUUAGAGAAGGGGGCAGCAAAAAGGACAACUGCAGCAACCUUGAUGAAUGCUUAUUCUAGUCGUUCACAUUCAGUUUUUUCUGUUACGAUACACAUGAAAGAAACUACAAUUGAUGGAGAAGAGCUUGUUAAAAUUGGAAAGUUGAAUCUGGUUGAUCUUGCAGGAAGUGAAAAUAUCGGGCGUUCUGGAGCUGUUGACAAGAGGGCCAGGGAAGCUGGAAAUAUCAACCAGUCCCUGUUGACUUUGGGAAGAGUUAUUACUGCUCUUGUGGAAAGAACACCUCAUAUUCCUUAUCGAGAAUCUAAACUAACUAGAAUCCUGCAAGACUCCCUUGGGGGACGCACACGAACAUCUAUAAUUGCCACCAUUUCCCCUGCAUCUCUUAAUCUUGAGGAAACUCUGAGUACAUUAGAAUAUGCUCACAGAGCAAAGAACAUAAUGAAUAAGCCUGAAGUUAAUCAGAAACUCACCAAGAGAGCUCUUAUUAAGGAGUAUACAGAAGAGAUAGAGCGUUUGAAGCGCGAUCUUGCUGCAGCCCGUGAGAAAAACGGAGUGUAUAUCUCUGAAGAAAAUUUUAGAGCCAUGAAUGGAAAAUUAACUGUUCAGGAGGAACAAAUUGUUGAGUUGGCUGAAAAAAUCGUUGUUCUUGAGGAGGAGCUCAGUAAGGUUACAGGGUUAUUUGUGGAUAGUAAAAAUGAACUUGACCAGUGUAAAUGUGACCUGCAAACCAAGACACAGGAACUUGAAACCACUCAGAAACAUUUACAGGAAACAAAAUUACAACUUGUUAAAGAGGAAUAUGUGUCUUCAGCUUUGGAAAGAACUCAAGAGAAACUUCAUGAUACUGCCAGCAAGUUGCUUAACACAGUUAAACAAACUACUAGGGAUGUGUCUGGUCUCCAUUCUAAACUGGACCGCAAGAGAGCAAUUGAUAAACACAACGCUGAAGCUCAGGAUGUUUUUGGCAAAAACCUCAACAAUCUGUUCAAUAAUAUGGAAGAACUGAUUAAGGCUGGCAGUGCAAAGCAAAAGGCCAUGCUAGAAGGUCAUAAGACACUGUUUGGUAACCUGAUGUCAUCUAGUGUCUCUGCCUUAGACACUGUUACCACGACAGCGAUUGAAUCUCUCCUGUCUAUCCCAGAAGGCGUGUCCACUCGUGUUUCUCAGAUUUCUGAUAGGAUAUUGGAAGAGCAGUCAUUAGCAGCACAAAGUAAAACUGUGCUGCAAGGAUUGAUUAAUGAACUUGUGACUGACCUUCUUGCUUCUCUGAAGACCAUCUUAGCCCCGGGUGUGGUUUCCAUCUUCAACAUCAACAGGCAACUACAGGAUAUUUUUAGGACAUCAUUGACAAUGGCUGAAAAGAUAGAAGAUCAGAAAAGAGAAAUAGACGGUUUUCUCAGUGUAUUGUGUAACAAUCUACAUGAACUCCAAGAAAAUACAGUUUCUUCCCUGGUUGAAUCGCAAAAGCUUUGUGGAAGCUUAAAUGAAGAGCUGAAGAUAAUAAAGGAAACCCAUUCGCAGGAACUUUGCCAGUUAAUCAAUAGUUGGGCAGAGAGGUUCUGUACUUUGGAGAAGAAGUGUGAAAACAUCCAGAAACCACUGAGCAGUAUUCAAGAAAAGACAGAGCAGAAGUCUACAGAUAUAAUCAACAAAACAACAGUUCACAGUAAAAAAAUUAUUGCCGAUUCUGAUGGGUUAUUACAAGAACUCAGACACUUUAACCAAAAAGGCACACAGUUGGUUGAAGAUUCUGUAGGAUGUUGCAGUUCACUCAGCAGCAACCUGGAAACUGUAUCUCAGAAGACCACACAGACUUGUGGGACCCUGAACACAAGUGCAAUUGAUUUUUCGGAGCAGUGGACAUCCUGUUUAAGCAAGAGGAAGGAGGAACUUGAGAACUUGAUGGAGUUUAUAAAUGGAUGUUGUGAGGCUUCAAAGUCAGAGAUCACUGAAAAAUUAAGAGGAUACACAGCUGCUGUUGAGAACCAGCAUAGUUCCUUUGUUGUUCAGAUAACUUCUGAUGAAGAGAAAUUAAAAGCAGGAAGCCUAGAGCUUGACGAAACUAUAAAAACUGGUUUAACAAAGCUUAAUUGCUUUUUGCAACAGGAUCUGAAAUUAGAUAUCUCAACAGGUUUGACACCAGAGAGGAAAACUUAUUUAUAUCCAUCAACACUAGCGAGAGCUGAACCCCGGGAACAGCUCCUUGAACAGCUGCAAAAGAAAGAGCCCAAGCCGUUAGCGAUGCCAGGCUGCUCAGACAACGACACAGAGAGCAGUGAGGACAUGGAUGAAGAGAAGGAGGUUCUGGAGGAGUGUCCUGAAGAACUUUUAAGUCAAGAGACAUUUGUACACACCAGCGUGGAUUGUUCUUCCAUUGGCGGUGUUCCAUUUUUCCAGCAUAAAAAGUCACAUGGAAAAGACAAAGAAAACAGAGGCGUUAAACCAGUAGAGAAGUCUAAAGCGGAAGAGACCUCGGAGCAGUCAGUGUCAAAGAGCAGGUUGCCCCUGCGGGCCGCCAUCAAUCUCUAGUUACUCGGGGUUAGAAAUAAGGCUAAGACUCCACAGUUUUGAAGACGUGUACAGAUUAAGAUAAGACAGACUGUGUCAAAGACAUCACAGUAAAUGUAGUUGAAUUAAAAGCCCUGGUUAUCAUCCCUGUACUCCAAGUAAUGUAGUUAAGUUCGAUUUCAUUUGGGAUUUACAUGGCUAUGUGUUUCUAGCUUUAGCUUUCUAUAUAAAGAAGCUCUUCUGUAACAAGUGGAUAUUUUUCUUGCAUAUUAUUAAAUACCAAACAUGAAAAUUGUUGUUUCAGGUUUGGACUUAACAUAGGUGAAUGCCAUCUCCCUUGCUGUCGUGAUAGGGCUGAGUUCAGUGUGUAUUUUUUUUUUUUAACCUCUAACCACCCUUUUCUGUUCUGUCUUCUCAGCUCACUUCUCCCUUUUCAUGUCACUAACCCAUUUGUAGACCUGCAGAAAGGUUUCCUAUUAUGAGAAUCCCAGGAUUUUACCUAGAUAUCUUAUGUUUCCUUGAUUACCUCUAUAAUCAUUGUCAGUAGUAAACCUGACCCGGGAAGUCCCCUUUCUUCAGCACUUGUCAUUUGUUCUUUCUUUGAUACGCAGCAUCAGUUUCUCAGUCCUUCAUAAGGUCUAACACAGGCCUCCAUACUUCAACAGCCUCCCUGGAGUGUCAUUGUUACAGGAGACCUGUCUGACCCUGAGUCACCUCCCAGACCCCAUUCUGAGGCCUGUGUCUCUUAGAAAUGACAAGACUUUUUUGAGACUACCAAUUAUGACUAUAACAUCUAUUUUGUUUAUCUUUUAAAACUUUAUUCUUUGUAUAUAAUAAAAUAAAAUAUGUAUAUACAUUUUCUCUGUUGAAAUCUUAACCCUUGCACUUUUGAUCUGACAACACUGUUUCUGGAAGCUGGGCCAUUUCAAGAUGAACCAGAGCACCUACUUAGAAGGAACAUACGUAGGGAGUAAAUGCGGUCACAUCAAGUUCAGUGUAUACAUUUUAGAGUAAUGUAACGGUUUCUAUUUUUGAGAUAGUCAUAGUGUAGCUCAGUCUGACUUUGAACUCGCUAUGCAGCGCAAGCUAUCCUAGAACUCAGGACAAUCUAAGGGCUGAGGUUACAGACAUCAUCAUUAUACCUGGCUUCAGAGAUCUGACUUUCUUUGUAACUAAGAGCUAGCCCUUAAUAGAAAAUUAGAAAAUAUGCUACUUCAAGAUACUGAUUUUUCUAGCGUCAUUUCUCCAGCCCAUUGUAGUAAUAGAAAUGUUAUUUUAAUAAAAAUAAUGGAUAAGUUUCUCUGCAAACAGAUGUCAACC